AUGUUUUUGAAACGUCACCCACAACUAACCCAGAGAAUUGCUCAGAAUAUAUCGCAUGCUAGAGCCGCUACUGAUGAAGACAUUAUAAACAACUUCUUUGAUCAUUUAGAGGUCGAACUUCGUGAUAUUCCCCCUUCUAAUGUGUGGAAUUAUGAUGAGACAAAUUUGGUGGAUGAUCCAGGAUUGUCGAAAAUCAUAACUAAAAGAGGUACAAAGUACCCCGAAAGGAUAAGAAACUCGUCCAAGGCCUGUACCUCUUUAAUGGUGUGCGGAAACGCUGAGGGUAAAUUAGCUCCACUAUAUAUCAAUUAUAAAGCUAAAAAAAUGUGGGAUACGUGGACUGAAAAUGGCCCUCUUAAUGCUCGAUACAAUCAAACAUGCUCAGGGUGGUUCGACUAUAAAAUUUUUGAAGAUUGGUUUUUGAGAUUGUUACUGCCAAUUCUUAAAGAGCCAGAAGGACCCAAAGUCAUCAUAGGCGACAAUUUAAGUUCACACUUAAAUUUACAGGUCAUUCAAGAAUGUGAAGCCAAUAACGUCCGUUUUAUUGCGUUGCCGCCUAACACCACCCAUCUUCUCCAGCCAUUGGAUGUGGCAUUUUUCCGUCCCAUGAAAGAAAAAUGGCGAAGAAUUCUAAACGAGUGGAAGGAAGGUGCCCACGGUAGUAGGUUUUCUUCGGUGCCAAAGGAUGAAUUCCCAAGGCUUUUAAAAGAGUUGAUGAACAAGCUAGAAGAGCGCGGAACACAAAAUUUACAAUCCGGUUUUAGGAAAACGGGAAUUCAUCCCUUAAAUCGCCAGGAAGUAUUAAACCGCAUAUGCAGCCGUGUUGUCACUGCUAAUAAUGAAAUAGCGCAAGCUGUGAGUGAAACCUUCAUUGAACAUCUAAGUAAAACACGAGCGGAUGCAACAAAGACAAGUGUAAACAAUAGAUCUUGUAUUUUCAAAUAA